AUGGCUAGAAAGCCGCUGGGGAAGAAUGUGAAACAGGCCCUGCUGAACAUGCACAAGAUUGCCUCCGACAAGGUUGACCCCCACUGUAUUAUUAUGCCAGAUCGUGAUGAGUGGGGCAAUGGGCUGGAGGCCAUGCAGUGUGCUCUGCAGCUGGGGAAGAAUGUGAAACAGGUCCUGCUGGACAUGCACAAGAUUGCCUCCGACAAGGUUGACCCCCACCCGUGUGACUUCCUGGAGACCCAUUACCUGAAUGAGCAGGUGGAGGCCAUUAAGAAGCUGGGUGACCACAUCACCAACCUCACCAAGAUGGAUGCUGUCAACAACAAGAUGGCAGAGUACCUGUUUGACAAGCACACCCUGGGAGGCCAGAGCUAAACCACUUCCAUCCCCAGGCUACGGCCUCCGGCCUCUGACCAGGACUCCUGGCUUCUCUG